UCCCAACUCUCCCACCCUCCCACAAUCUCCACACCUGGUCACGGGAUGGGUCUCCUGAGGCGGAACAGUUUGAACAUUGGCAGCUGGCUGUCGUCGGCCGGCGGCGCAAACACCACCAACACCACCACCACCACCACUGGCACCGGAACCGGCACGGUCCGGAACAGCUUCGGCAGCUCGGUGGCCGUGCAGAAGCUGCGCGAAAGCAAGUGGUUCGAUGCCGGCGAGGAGCGCGUCUUUUGCGCCGUGAUCGAGAACGGUUUCAUCGUCGAGGUGCGCCAAACGGACACUGGCGAGUCGUGGUUCGGCGUGGCAACGAUCGAGACGAAAAAAUCCCUCAAGCCGACGGCUGAGAACGUCAAAAUCUAUUCCGUGCGCAUGAAGGACAACGAGAAGAAACCGAUGAAGGUGUACUGCGUCACAUUGCCGAGCCUCUGGCAGCAGGGCUACCAGCUGCGGAUCAACAACGUGGCCGACCGCACGAAGAAGGCGCAUCCGGAGAAGGACAUUCUAGCGCAGAUAAAAUACGCCUCCAAGUGUCAGAUGGUGUUCCACAACAGUCAGCACUUUUCCGAAUUCUGCCGGUACGGCGACCGGCCGCAGGAUAGCCGGAAGCGACAAAUAUCCGACUGUGCGAAGUGGGGCGGGAUCAACAUUGGCGCUACGCUGAUCUACAUGGAAAUGCAGAAGAAGUCGAAGUCUGCGUCGCACUAAACCGUUGAGGAUGCUUCUAUCACGUGUGAUACCAAAUCGUUCGCUAACGCAGCAGCAGGACUGGAUUAUAGAUUUAAGUUUCCACCUAAAAUUAUUGCGAAGAGGCCGAGAAUUUGGCUUCUUUAUACCUUUUUUUUAUAGUGUUAAGCAAACCUACAUAACUAUCGCUUCCUGCAUAGAUCCAUGCGCAAAGUCACGGACUUACUGUGCAAAAAGGGAACAAAAAGACGAGGUGAUAAACGGAGAAUAUGGUAUGUGUACCAUAGAUUAAGAACUAUGGAAAAUUUGUAUCAUUACCAAAGUCCCAAGUACCAUAUGAAAUUAGAUAUAGCAAGCAUAAUCAUGUGUAAUGUUAAAAUUAAACAAUGAAAACAUUAGGAGCCAUUUACAUCUAGUUUUACAGAAUCCUAUUUGUAACGGAUACUUUGUAAAGAAAUAAGAAAUUAAUAAAA